AUGUCAUGUGACGCACAUUCCGGCUACCCAGUUCAUCUUUUCAUUCCUCACCUCCUCUCCUUUCGUUAUUAUACCACUUCGUUGUGAUACAAACUGUUCGCAUAAUGGGCAACUUUAAGAGGGACUAGAACACAACUGUGGCCUUGUCGACAAUCGGAGAAGACAAUUGGAACUCGAUUCAGAGUCUAACAAUACUUACAGUUCCGCUCUAUCUCAUCCUUGCGGAUGACAAAGUAACCAUCGCCUGUGGUUCCAGCACGCUCCAAUCCCGGAGUACAUUACCGUCAAGCCAAGACUACUACAGGGACUUGGUUAGUUUCAUGCAAAUAGGGUGAUUUGGCGAGGCAGUACGUGAGAUACUUAAAAUGAGAUGGGAUAAACAAACCUGUUAUGACCAAGCUUUCGUCUUAUUUUUUCUCCAAAAAGACUAGUGCAUGCUAUGAAGGGAAGCAAGAGACAAACAAUGCAAGAGUUCAAAAUUCUCUCAUGGCCUUUCCGACGACGUUUCUUGCUUCUGGCUACAUCAGUUGCUACCUGUCAGGCUACAACCUAUCACUGAAUCUCACGAGUCUGCGAUUCAUCUCGUACAUCCCCCCUCAAAUCUGCCCAUCGCACCCUGAAUCCGGUGACUGCUACAUCCGUAGCAGAGCAAACCCCCUUUCCCCUAAACCUUCACCUUCCCCCUUACCGCCGAAUUAUCUCCUCAUCAAUCCCGUCUCGACGGACCCCAAUGGUUGGAGAGGUAAACGACUGGCGCAGAAGGAAUCCCAGUCCAAUCUCUGGUUUUACCGGAGGUUGGUUCUGCCUCGCUUGCAGACUCGCACUGAUGCGUUAGCUAGGAAGCUGUGAGUUUGAUAGUGAGAUACAAU